UCAAAUCUAAAAAUGUCUUGAUUUUACCGCUUCUGUCUUGGGACAGUUUGACCUUCAAGUGCUCGCAACCUACAUCAGUGAACGAUACCAUUGAAGCGUUGCCGAUACUGCGUCGUCAAUCUUUGGUCCCAAUUGGAAUAUUCCCUUAAUCUCUCGCUUGUUUUACUUCAGAUUGUUGUCGAUUUCUCUCCUUAUAAAGUAGAAGCCAUCAAUAAUGGGGAAGUCUUCACGCGAUAAACGUGAUAUUUACUAUAGAUUAGCUAAAGAAGAGGGUUGGAGAGCACGUAGUGCCUAUAAGCUGCUACAAAUUGAUGAUGAGUAUGGAAUCUUUUCUCCUGGUAAGUGUAUGGUGGUUUAGAUUUAUGGGCAAAAUGAAAUAUACCACUCGAGUUAUACUAAAUUUUUUUUUAUAGAAGUCCACUGAUUGAUAGACAAACUGAUUGAAGUCAUAGAAGAAUCCGUUAUGAUUAUUCUUAUGAAGAGAUAGUGUGAAUGCUGGCAUUAUUCACAUGUGAACCUCAUUAAACAACCUAAGGGAUAACUUUUAAGUGGCUCUAACACGACUGUUUUGUGAAUAGCUGUUCCGACUUUCUUAAGGUUAGUCCACGUGUUUCAAACUACACUAUAAGAAAGGAGAAUUAUUGGAGCUAUUGGAGCUUAUUUUACUCGUAACCUAUUUCAACUCUGCUACUUAUUUAAAAGCGGUGUUGCCGGUUGUCUGGGAAAGGCUGUUCCCACCACACUUUGAAUAGGGCCAGUAAUCAGGAUUUUCUUCUUGGACCUGAAAUUCACUCCUUUCCGUUAGCCCACUUUCCGGCGGAUUUGUCUAUUAACAAAAUGAAAAGAAACAAGUGAUGUAGGGAAUAUAACUCAAUUGUUUCGUUAUAGUAAACAAACUUAACCACUGCGACAAAGUAGAUGCAACGAUGUCCAAUCAUUAAUGGCAAUGUAAACUAAAAAUGCUCCUUUAGAACGAGUGGUUGAUUUGUGUGCUGCACCUGGUAGCUGGUCACAAGUAUUAUCAAAACGUUUAUGGGAAUCGAAAUCCCCAGAGGAUCAAAAAUCUGUACUGCAUACAUUUUGAGAUUUCAUUAUUGAUAUUUCUUAAUGAAGGUGAAAAUCGUUGCCGUGGAUCUACAGGCUAUGGCCCCAAUACCAGGAGUUAUUCAAAUUCAAGGCGAUAUUACUAGUCAGGAUACGGCUCAACAGAUUAUAAGACAUUUUGACGGCAAGUUAGCUCAACUUGUUGUUUGUGAUGGUGCUCCAGAUGUGACAGGUCUACAUGAUUUGGAUGAAUAUGUUCAGUCGCAUCUUAUCUUAGCUGCUAUAACUAUCUGUUCAAGAGUUCUGGAGCUUGGUGGUACAUUUGUUGCUAAGGUUUUUCGUGGACGAGAUUCUGGUUUACUAGGUUCCCAACUCCGACUUUUGUUUUCGGGUGAAGUUAGUUUUGCAAAACCAAGAGCUAGUCGGAACUCUAGUUUAGAGUCCUUUGUUGUAUGUCGUGGAUUUAUGGGUCCUCGUUUACGGACAGAUUUGAAACCAUCCACAUCUUUUGAGAAUCAUUCAAGCAACGAUAAUUUGCUAUUAUUAUGGUACGACAAGGAUAACUUUGAAGACGUUGAUUCUUCUCAACAAGCUCUAUUACCAUUCAUGGCGUGUGGAGAUUUAAGAGGUUUUGACCCAGAUGUCACGUAUACGUUAGACCCUGAUCAUAUAGUCAAGCCACCAGUACAAGUUCCUGUAGAUCCUGCUUAUUCCGAAGUUUGCCGAUUCAGUCGCUUAAAUCAAUCAAAUACUUCAAAAUUUCAAUCUUUGGAAAAGAAUAAUGAAAUUGAUAAUAAUGAUGAUAUUUCUAGAUUUACAGAACUUAUGGAAAAGUUGUCUUUCGAUCCAAGAGAAGAUCAUUUAUGAUGUUUGAUUUUUAUGGACAAAACUAUUUUAUUCUAUAAACAAAUAAAUAUAUUACAUUUA